AUGACUCAAGGAGUUCUUAAAGUUACUGUUGUCGGCGCGAAAAAUCUUAAGGAUGAAGACGCCAUCGGAAAAAGUGACCCUUUUGUAGAACUUUGGAUCGACCACAACUAUAAACAAAGAACUACAACCAAGCAAGGAACUUUAAAUCCAGUAUGGAACGAAACCUUUACCUUUAAUCUUACAUCCAGUAAUCAUACUCUUCAUCUGAGAGUUUUGGAUGAUGAUACUGUCAAGGAUGAUAAGAUCGGUGAUACCAAAGUUGAUCUUAAAGAAGUGAUCCAACAUGGUCGCGUUGAUAAGGAAUAUAAAAUUCCAGCCCUUUUCGGCCUCUCGAAUCAUGGUUUCGUUCACUUGAUCUUAGAGCACACCCAUCACCAUUAA